UCCUUAUGACAAACCCUGGGAAGGUAAUCCAGUCACACACACACACAUCGACGUCUGGGAUGAGUCACGGAGCCAAAUGAGCUGGCACGUAAAAAAACAAAAAGAGAAGUCAGCAGUGGACCCAUCGCACAAAUCCCGUCGCAGAGGGGCAUAACGGCAUCACCCUCUAGCUCGCGUAGCGCGCAUGCGCCAGGCUCGGAGCACCAGUACUGGGCAAGGCGAGCUGUGGCGGAGGUGAGGCUGAGAGAAAGGCUGAUGCACUACAACGUGCGGGCAGGAAGGCGCGGCACGGCAAAAAGCUGGGCGUCGGGCGUCGGCGCCACUUGGAGGCCAUCACGUGCAAGCACGAAUCAUCAAGCAAACCUCGCGCAGAACAAAGGGGCACAAAACGAGAGGAUCAUCAUCGCAUUCAUUCGCCCCCAAACGGAGCACGAUGAUCCUUUCCGCGUCCGCUCGCGCAAAACCCGGGCAUAUGACGACUGGACCAAGCCCCAGCGCAAGAUGGAUCUCUCGCGCCACGCAGCCGCCGCAUGGGGAAGCCCCAGAAGAGGGCGGCGCCUCCGAUUCGCCCGCCCCAGACGCUCAAGCGCUCAAGCGAGAAACAACAAAAUCGUCUCGAUAGGGGUCCCAAGGACCUUCCUCAGGUCUAAAACCAGCAGCGUCACGGGGUGCGGCCUCCUGGGCGGUACCCGAAGCGCCGCCACGCGGAAUGCUGCACUGGCACAGUGGCGACACCUGCCACACGCAGUCGGAUGCUUUUCCUGCGCCACUUGAUCAGGCAGCUCGAGCAGACAGCGAGCGCGUCAGAUCAAGCACCGAAGUUCACUGGUGUCCCUGCUGUGGCCCUUCAUGAUGGCACAUCACCAGUGUACCAUAUGCCUUCGAUGACAGCUACCGCGGCUGGAAGGUAGAAACAUGUUCGUAAUGCGACGUUUGCUACAAACUCAAGUGUUAUUCGCGUGCCCAACAGCUCUAUGCCAAUCGUCCACUUUCUGAGGUAGAACGACAGCUGAUGGAAAGCGCUCUGUUCCGAAUCAUGCUCCAAUUCAUUUCCCACCAAUAUGAGAACCACAUUCGCCGUCAAAUUACUAGAUCCAAGUCUGCUGUUACUACACUUCUCGCAAAUGCGUCCCAAAACGGAAUAGAAUAGCACAGCCGCAAAUCGCUGACAGUACACCAAAAGCCUGUGCGCCCUUUCUCGAAGUGUCGUUUGGGUGGACGAUUCCAAUCAAGCCGAAUCCGACUGCGAGCAAGAAGAGCAUGGAGACGCGAAAUAUGAUCAAGCGUCCGAGACAAUCGAAGGUGUCCGCCAACAGAAAAUCUGUCGCCUUCAAGAAGUCCAGCGGCCUUUGCCAAGGGAUUGGCCGGGUACGCAUGUCGUCUACCUCCUUAGCGACCCCAGCGACAAUUUCACGCACGGCUACAGUGCCGACUUCUUCCACCAUGGAAGGUCCAAUGAAGAGCAUGCCGAUGGACCAAGUGAAGACGCUGAGCUCACCCAAAAAUUAAAUGUGUGCUUGCUCCGCAAAGCUGUCCCCAUACAGCCAAUGGACCAAACUAGCACUGGCGCAAACAUACUCGAUUGAAAAGUAGCCGGCCACAAUACAUACGAGAAAAACAUUUGUGCACUGCCGAACCUCAUGUUCAGAUUGUAGCGGUACGCAAAAGUGAGCGUACGCUCCAAGUGAACGUUGCUACGUCUCGCCAGAUUGGGGAGAAUAACGCCAAGCGCUAAGUAAAUGAACGCCGCAGCCAAAUUCUGAAAUACCUCCAGCAAUUCAGGCUUGAUUUCAUGAAAAAACGUGCCGCGGGAAAAAACGCCUCAUCAGAUUCCAGCGCUGCGGAACUAGCAAUCCAUGGAUCAGGAGGGAUGCUGAACUCAUGCUGCUCAACGCUGAAACAAAUAAUCGGCAAGAAACGCUGAAGCGAGAAGACAUGUUCAACUCCGCCAAUACGUUGACCUUGAAUACGCCGAACACGUCGAAACCGUUAAAUAUGCCAACUCGUGUAUCCACGUGCGAAAAAAAUGAUGAAUCGACGCCUGAUCCGUCUGAGCUUGAAAGUUGUUCUGCGUGCAUUGGUAUGACCGAGACCGGUGAAUCGAACCAUGUUCGUAAUCAAGUGCAGGUCGCCCUCUGAUGUCGAUCCAAAUCAGCUGUUGUCAGGUGGAUUGAGAUUUGCGCGGGGUCCGUCGAAUCAGAUAUUUCCCAACACAACCACGGUGCUUCAGACAGAGUUGGAACAGCUUUGCCACCCUAGGGGGGAGGGCGAGAGUGAGUUGGCCGACUGCGUCCCCGUGGAAGGCUCUAGCCCAACGGCGUACGGGUAAUGAUGGCGCUGAUUGCGACGACACUGAUGACAAAAAUUAUGCGGUUGUUAAUCCCACCAGCCCUCUGGGCGUAGGUGGUUUAGAGCGUUU